UGUGUGUUGUUAGUUAAUUAUAUUUUUGUAUUGUUUAAUGUUGAGCAUGUUUCGUGCAAGAGUAUGGUACCCGUGCUCUCUUUGGAAUAUAGACCGACUAUCCCCGUGCCAGUAGACGGAAAUAGUUCGGAAAACUUAAAAUACCUCCCCUUCAUAAUGCUGAUAGAUAGAGACAUGGAUACGAGUGAAUAUUGGAGGGAAACAGAGAUCCUGUCUCUCGUGAGGAACGAUGAAGUUGGCAUAGACUAUGACAAGUGUGAACAGACUGCGCCGGAGCACAGCGUGGUGCGCAUCAACAGUUUCAGAACCGUUCGACCUAUAUGCAGGAACACUAUUGAUUACCAGCAGUGCCCCCAAUGCCCUCAUUUCAAUAAUCAUACUGAAUGCGAACUGUUCAGGGACUCUUGCAAAGAACGCAGGGUAAGUCCGUCAGAAUAUCGCACGUACUGUGAUCGCAAGUAUGGCAAGUGGCGUGCAAUGUUCCUGCCUGCUGAUUACACACAGUGCCGGUGUUGUGACGAGUGCAUCUUCUUUAGAGAGUUGGAUCAAUCUUGUGUGGAAGAUGAAUACAGUUUUGAUACUGAAGAGUUUUUGCCAACUACUACUAUAGAUUUCAGAGCGGGAUGUAACCCGUAUUGGGGUCACCCAGAACAAGAGUUCCGUGCCCUGAGAUGCGACAAAAUACUGCGGAGAUGCGUUCCAGUAACAGUGCCGCCGUUACCAAAUGAAACUUUAAAUAUCCGUCGUAGCUUCCGCUACGAAGUCGCUACGAGCGGUGAUUGUCCAAUCUUCUGCCGCGGCUACGAAUGUAAAGGCUUAUUAGUUCCUGAACAGAACUGCGUCCCUGGAGGAUUCCUGCCGGACAAGGACCAAUGCAACUGCUGCGGGCGAUGCAGUGUAUACCAUCAGUUGAACGAGAAGUGCGCUGAGUUCAAGAAGACUUUGCAGAAGGUUAACGGCACUGUGGAAAUUGAGGUAGAAGAGGAGUUCUUGGAGCCAGGGUGUGAUGAUGGACUGGUCUGCAGACAGGGUCGCUGCCAGGACAUACACACGGUGCGUCCUUCUGUCGGCCCCCGACGGAAGAGGGAUGACGAUAUUUUAUCUAACGAGCCAUGUAAACGUGAGUUGAAGUACUUCAAGAAGAAGUUCGGUCCAGAGGGUCAUCUGCAUUACAACGCGCCACAGUGCACUCCGCUCUGGUUGUAUGCCCCCGUUCAGUGUCGUCGCUUCGUAUGUUACUGUGCUUUGGAAGAUGGCAGCUUCAUCUUAGGGAUCAAAGUCCCACGGGUUGAAGUCUCCAAUAUGAAUUGCGAUUGCGCUCGUGAGCGGUGUCGCACGGGUUCGGAUGUGGAGUGUGAUGGUUACGGAAAUUACAAGGAAGCCGUGUUCACACCACACCUUGAAGAAUGGAAGGCGGGCGGAGACGACAAAGAUGAUGAACCCUCGUUCACUCUUGUCUCCGUGGCUCCGGAAGACCCUCGCUCCACUCUGAUCAUGGACAUGACCUCUAUGCCACAAUGAUUUUAUUAUAG